UUCUAAUUAAUAAAUAUUUAAAUUUACCCGUCACUUUCCACUCCCCUUUGCUAAAGCCAGCAAUAAUCAUCACAGCUUCAACUUUCUUCCCUUUUGAUCAACCUUCUUCAGUAAUGGCAUCUUCACUCUCUCCAUAUCACACCACUUUCUCUGCUCUUUUAACUCCAAAACCAAUCAAGUUUCUUCCCUCUAUCACCGCCUCAAUCACCCUUCCGGGCCGCAAGCUUCGCGUCGCCGUCAUAGGUGGAGGCCCAGCUGGAUCCUCUGCCGCUGAGGCGCUUGCUGCCGGCGGCGUUGAGACUUUCCUUUUCGAACGUAGUCCUUCGACCUCCAAACCCUGUGGUGGUGCCAUCCCUUUGUGCAUGUUAGAAGAGUUCUCUAUCCCUCUCCAGCUAAUUGACCGCCACGUCACCAAAAUGAAAAUCAUCUCUCCCUCUAACAUAACCGUCGAUUUCGGCUCCAAAACGCUUAAUCCUCACGAGUCCAUCCCCAUGCUGCGCCGCGAAGUACUCGACUCCUUCCUCCGCUCCCGCGCUCAAUCACACGGCGCACAACUCAUCCACGCUCUCGUCACAGACGUUGAUAUCCCCACCUCCCCUAAUGGCCCCUACAUUAUCCACCACUUGAUCAACAACUCCCGACACAGCCUCGCCGUUGAUGUUGUAAUCGGAGCCGAUGGAGCCAACAGCCGCGUAGCGAAAUCAAUCAAGGCAGGAAAUUACACUUGUGCCAUUGCCUUUCAAGAGAGAAUCAAAUUGCCCGAUGACAAAAUGGACUACUACAAAGACCUUGCUGAGAUGUACGUGGGAGAUGACGUGUCACCUGAUUUCUACGCAUGGGUUUUCCCCAAAUGCGACCACGUGGCAGUAGGAACAGGGACAAUACGGUCAAAGCAGAACAUUAAGAACUAUCAAAGAGGGGUUCGAGAGAGAGUGAAGAGCAAAAUACAGGGAGGAAAAGUGAUAAAAGUGGAGGCUCAUCCAAUUCCAGAACAUCCACGUGGCGUGCGAGUAGCUGGACGGGUGGCGCUGGUAGGGGAUGCUGCUGGCUACGUAACAAAAUGUUCAGGCGAAGGGAUUUAUUUUGGGGCAAAAUCUGGAAGAAUAUGUGGAGAAGGAAUCGUAAAGGCCUCUGAAGGAGGAGAGAAAAUGAUAAAUGAAGGCGAUUUGAAGAGGGAGUAUUUGAGAAAGUGGGAUGACAAGUAUAUGAGUACAUAUAAGGUAUUGGAUUUGUUGCAGAGAGUGUUUUAUAGGAGCAAUGCAACGAGGGAAGCAAUGGUGGAAUUGUGUGGGGAUGAGUAUGUGCAAAGAAUGACAUUUGACAGCUAUUUGUAUAAGAGGUUGGCUGAGGGAAACAGAGUGGAAGAUGUGAAGAUGGUGCUCAAAACUAUCGGGAGUUUGAUUAGGUGUGAGAUUCUGAGCUGGGAGAUGAACAAAUUGUAUCAGAAUUAACAAUGAUAAUUACAACUUACUGCUUCACACUUCAUUCCCUUUUCUAGUUUUCAGUACCAAUUAAUUUGGUUACCCUUUAAUUAUGGCUUAACCUGAAUUUUGGUGUGGGAUCCAAUCAAACCGCAUGAGUCAGUUUGGUAUGUUUAACUUGCUUAGAGGAAUAAUCUACGCAUUAUUAUAUGAAGAGUAUUAUUUUGUUAUUAA